AUGCCUCUGCCUCUGCUACCCCCUCUGCUACUGCCACUGGAAGCACUACUGGAUCUGGCUCUGCACUUGGUGGAUUCAACUGGGGUAGCCUAUUCGGCUCGUCAAGUGACUCCGACAGCUCCUCUUCCUCGUCUUCGCGGUUCAUCCACAUCCAACGACGUCACCGACAACUCCGGAUGCAAAGAACUCACUUUCAUCUUCGCCCGCGGCACCACUGAGAUCGGUAACAUGGGUACCGUCGUUGGGCCCAAGGUCGGCGAGGCUCUCAAAUCUCUGACAGGCAAUAAGGCCGCUAUUCAGGGCGUCGACUACCCUGCCGAUGCUGCUGGAAAUGCCGCACUUGGAGGCUCCGGCGGGCCUAAGAUGGCCAGCCUCGUCGAAACAGCCCUCAAGCAGUGCCCUGACACUAAGAUUGUCCUAGGCGGAUACUCUCAAGGUGCUAUGGUCGUUCACAACGCCGCCUCCAAGCUCUCUUCCGGCCAGGUCGUUGGCGCUGUGACCUUCGGCGACCCCUUCAAGAGCCAGAAGCCCGACAACAUCGACCAGUUCAAGACUUUCUGCGCAAGCGGCGACCCUGUUUGCCUGAACGGCGCUAAUGUCAUGGCUCACCUUUCUUACGGCAAUGACGCCCAGACUGCGGCCCAGUUCCUUGUUAGCGCUGCUGGACUGUAA